AUGCCGUUGCCGAAGUCGUGGCAGGCGCAGCAUUCUGUGCAUCUGGGUGUGUGUUUGUGUGCCAGGGGACAGGAUGUUGGCGCGAGCGCGGCGGGGGGGGCGUGCGAAAUCGUGGCAGGCGCAGCACUUUGGCGAUGCCGUUGCCGAAGUCGUGGCAGGCGCAGCAUUCUGUGCAUCUGGGUGUGUGUUUGUGUGGCAGGGGUCGCAUUCGGCAGCUGUCUAGAGGGACAGGAUGUUGUCGCGCGCGCGGCGGGGGGGCGUGCGAAACGCGUGAAAGACCGACAGCAGAUCUGUGUGGCCGCGCAAGUGGACGACAACCCGGGCGCGAUCGAGAGGGACACCGUCCAAGGCCGCGUUCUGGUCUGCAAUGCCAUCGUGCAGCAGAAUGGCGUUCGAGUGCGGUGCGCUUUCUGGAGGGAGCACGCUGAAAAGCUCGCGACCUGCCAGGCUGGAACCUGCAUCCUGCUCUACCAAGUGUUGGUGGAGAAGAAAAAGGAAGGAUCAUGGGAGAUUGGCAGCUGGCGAGGCACUCAAAUUCUGGAGUGCCCUGAAGAGCUUGCCAAGAACAUUGGAGAGCGCAUCAUGGAGCCUGGCGACUGCCGCAUGCUCACUCUCAUUCCGACCAGGAAUUGGAAGGAAUGCGAGGCAGUGCAGAGCACAUUGAGCGCGCUCGUGGGCACGAUUGUCCCCGGGCAGUUGCGGAAGGUGGACACUGUGUUCCUCGUCUCCGGACUGCAGAUCAUGGGCUUGAGCUCGGUCAAGUCCGAAACGGACGAGUGGAUCUUGUCCAGCUGCAGCACGUGCAAGAGAGCUUUCCCUUGCCAGGCACAUCCAGAUGCUGCUGAAGAGAAGCGCGUGGCCCUGCGCGCUGUGUUCGCGGAUAGCGACUGCCAGUGCAGCAUGGUGCUCUACCACGACCACGUCGAGUUGGCCUUGCAGGAGCAGGGUUACUCGCUGCCGAAUCCUUGCAAAGACACUGCAGAGCUGCGGUCCGAAGUGCGAAACGCAUUCCGGAGCGCACUGUGGACUUGCAAAGUCACCUUUCGGGAGAACGACUACCAGCAGAUACUGGAGUUGGAGUGUCGCCAUCUGACGCCUUUCCUGCCCUUCAACCAGGACUGCCCGGACCUGACGCCCCACAUGCUGGAGCUUCCACGCUGCUCUCUGGGCGGCGGCUGCCCGGUUGCUGCUUUGCGCGACUUACGCGUGGACACAGACUUGGGCUCUUUGACGAUUCAAGAGAUCGACGCUCCGUCUGUGCGAGCGCUCGUCAUGUUCAACGAAGUCCAGCUGCCAGAUGAUGAGUCUCUGCAGCAAGACCCGCAAUCUGCAUCGGCCAUGCGAGUCAAGCGCUCGGUGGACUGCUGCUUGUCAGUGCCCGACGCUGAAACCCUCUUGCCUUUCCGGAGCAAAAUCCGAGCAGCAGGCCCUGCGUCUGCAGUGAAUUGGAUCCUCCGAGCACGGCCAGGUGAAGUCCACCAAGUGGUCAUCAUGCAAGCCGACGCGGAGAAUGAGUGGUCUGUCCUCUGGCACGUGGAGGUUCACGAGAAGGCGGUGCUGGCUGUCAACGCGUACUACUCUCACAUCAUCUCCAAGCAGACGGCGGCUGCUGCUCUGAGCUAUGCCAGUGAGUGGACUCCCGGUAAGCGAGUGCGCACGCUGCGAGACAGCAUGCCAACCCCUUUUAAGACGAGCUCUGCUUGGCAAGACCAGUGCUAG